UAAAAAAGUUGAGGCUUCACUUAAUGUCUGCAGUCAGACAGUCAGCAUGAAUCUUCUCUCUUAAUAAAUAAAAUAUCACGAGCUGAAACUGGACACCAAAUCAAGGCAUGGAACCUGUUAUGAUGAAACUGAGAAUCAUAAUUAUGUUGUAUGUGACUUCUUCAUUUGAAGUACAAAGCCUGAGUCAUGCACAGACUGUGAGUGAGGAAGUACUUGGAGUAAAUACGUGGCAUACAAUGCUGCCACCUUACAUGGAUGAAAGUGGAAAUAACUUAAAACAAGAAGGACAGGUGAAUUGGAAAUCAUUCAAAUACUUGAUCAGCAUCAAAAUAAAUUCUUCAAGGGUAAUGGUACAGGAUCGCUUGAAGACACUUCUUCAAGGAUACUCAUUUCCAUAUAGUGUCGGCCAAAAUGUCAUCGUGACCAAUAUGAAUCUCAGAACAACUCCUCCUUUAAAACUGUUCAAGUACACAACUGAUAUAAAAAUCAAUGCUUCAAGAGAAGGAGUGAUAGAACAAUUGAGGGACUUAAUGCGUGAACAGAAAUUUCCUAUGUGCAUCAAGAAAAACAUGAAAAUAUCCAGUGCAAACAUCGCUUCAGUGUGUCUCUCAAAUUUGAGCAAAACUGAAUGCAAGUGUGAGAAUCAAUACGCUUGGCCCUCUGAACAAUGCUUUAAACAUGGCGUUUGCGGCCACAGUCAAAAUGGUACGUGUGGAUGCAUCACUUCUCUUCCAACUGAAGGAGCGUUCUGCCGACCACCACCUGCUCCACUAAAGUCCUUCAAAUACACCAUUGACAUUAAAAUCAAUGCUUCACAAGAAGCCGUGGUAGAGCGCUUGAGGGCGUUGAUUCGUGGACAGAAAUUCCCCAUGUGUGUCAAGAAAGGCAUGAAAAUCUCCAGUGCAAACAUCAAUGCAGUGUGUCUCUCAAAUUCAAGCAAAACGGAGUGCAAGUGUGAGAAUCAAUACGCUUGGCCCUCUGAACAAUGCUCUAAACAUGGCGUUUGCGGCCAGAGUCAAAAUGGUACGUGUGGAUGCAUCACUUCUCUUUCAACUGAAGGAGCGUUCUGCCGGCCACCACCUGCUCUACUAAAGUCCUUCAAAUACACCAUUGACAUUAAAAUCAAUGCUUCACAAGAAGCUGUGAUAGAGCGCUUGAGGGCGUUGAUUCGUGGACAGAAAUACCCCAUGUGUGUCAAGACAGGCAUGAAAAUCUCCAGUGCAAACAUCAAUGCAGUGUGUCUCUCAAAUUCAAACAAAACUGAGUGCAAGUGUGAGAGUCAAUACGUUUGGCCCUCUGAACAAUGCUCUAAACAUGGCGUUUGCGGCCACAGUCAAAAUGGUACGUGUGGAUGCAUCACUUCUCUUCCAACUGAAGGAGCGUUCUGCCGGCCACCACCUGCUCCACUAAAGUCCUUCAAAUACACCAUUGACAUUAAAAUCAAUGCUUCAAAAGAAGCCGUGAUAGAGCGCUUGAGGGCGUUGAUUCGUGGACAGAAAUUCCCCAUUUGUGUCAAGAAAGGCAUGAAAAUCUCCAGUGCAAACAUCAAUGCAGUGUGUCUCUCAAAUUCAAGCAAAACUGAGUGCAAGUGUGAGAAUCAAUACGCUUGGCCCUCUGAACAAUGCUCUAAACAUGGCGUUUGUGGCCACAGUCAAAAUGGUACGUGUGGAUGCAUCACUUCUCUUCCAACUGAAGGAGCGUUCUGCCGACCACCACCUGCUCCACUAAAGUCCUUCAAAUACACCAUUGACAUUAAAAUCAAUGCUUCAAAAGAAGCCGUGAUAGAGCGCUUGAGGGUGUUGAUUCGUGGACAGAAAUUCCCCAUGUGUGUCAAGAAAGGCAUGAAAAUAUCCAGUGCAAACAUCAAUGCAGUGUGUCUCUCAAAUUCAAGCAAAACUGAGUGCAAGUGUGAGAAUCAAUACGUUUGGCCCUCUGAACAAUGCUCUAAACAUGGCGUUUGCGGCCACAGUCAAAAUGGUACGUGUGGAUGCAUCACUUCUCUUCCAACUGAAGGAGCGUUCUGCCGGCCACCACCUGCUCCACUAAAGUCCUUCAAAUACACCAUUGACAUUAAAAUCAAUGCUUCAAAAGAAGCUGUGAUAGAGCGCUUGAGGGCGUUGAUUCGUGGACAGAAAUUCCCCAUGUGUGUCAAGAAAGGCAUGAAAAUCUCCAGUGCAAACAUCAAUGCAGUGUGUCUCUCAAAUUCAAGCAAAACUGAGUGCAAGUGUGAGAAUCAAUACGUUUGGCCCUCUGAACAAUGCUCUAAACAUGGCGUUUGCGGCCACAGUCAAAAUGGUACGUGUGGAUGCAUCACUUCUCUUCCAACUGAAGGAGCGUUCUGCCGGCCACCACCUGCUCCACUAAAGUCCUUCAAAUACACCAUUGACAUUAAAAUCAAUGCUUCAAAAGAAGCCGUGAUAGAGCGCUUGAGGGCGUUGAUUCUUGGACAGAAAUUCCCCAUGUGUGUCAAGAAAGGCAUGAAAAUCUCCAGUGCAAACAUCAAUGCAGUGUGUCUCUCAAAUUCAAGCAAAACUGAGUGCAAGUGUGAGAAUCAAUACGUUUGGCCCUCUGAACAAUGCUCUAAACAUGGCGUUUGCGGCCACAGUCAAAAUGGUACGUGUGGAUGCAUCACUUCUCUUUCAACUGAAGGAGCGUUCUGCCGGCCACCACCUGCUCCACUAAAGUCCUUCAAAUACACCAUUGACAUUAAAAUCAAUGCUUCAAAUGAAGCCGUGAUAGAGCGCUUGAGGGCGUUGAUUCGUGGACAGAAAUUCCCCAUGUGUGUCAAGAAAGGCAUGAAAAUCUCCAGUGCAAACAUCACUGCAGUGUGUCUCUCAAAUUCAAACAAAACUGAGUGCAAGUGUGAGAAUCAAUACGUUUGGCCCUCUGAACAAUGCUCUAAACAUGGCGUUUGCGGCCACAGUCAAAAUGGUACGUGUGGAUGCAUCACUUCUCUUCCAACUGAAGGAGCGUUCUGCCGGCCACCACCUGCUCCACUAAAGUCCUUCAAAUACACCAUUGACAUUAAAAUCAAUGCUUCAAAAGAAGCCGUGAUAGAGCGCUUGAGGGCGUUGAUUCGUGGACAGAAAUUCCCCAUGUGUGUCAAGAAAGGCAUGAAAAUCUCCAGUGCAAACAUCAAUGCAGUGUGUCUCUCAAAUUCAAGCAAAACUGAGUGCAAGUGUGAGAGUCAAUACGUUUGGCCCUCUGAACAAUGCUUUAAACAUGGCGUUUGUGGCCACAGUCAAAAUGGUACGUGUGGAUGCAUCACUUCUCUUCCAACUGAAGGAGCGUUCUGCCGGCCACCACCUGCUCCACUAAAGUCCUUCAAAUACACCAUUGACAUUAAAAUCAAUGCUUCAAAUGAAGCCGUGAUAGAGCGCUUGAGGGCGUUGAUUCGUGGACAGAAAUUCCCCAUGUGUGUCAAGAAAGGCAUGAAAAUCUCCAGUGCAAACAUCAAUGCAGUGUGUCUCUCAAAUUCAAACAAAACUGAGUGCAAGUGUGAGAGUCAAUACGUUUGGCCCUCUGAACAAUGCUCUAAACAUGGCGUUUGCGGCCACAGUCAAAAUGGUACGUGUGGAUGCAUCACUUCUCUUCCAACUGAAGGAGCGUUCUGCCGACCACCACCUGCUCCACUAAAGUCCUUCAAAUACACCAUUGACAUUAAAAUCAAUGCUUCAAAUAAAGCCGUGAUAGAGCGCUUGAGGGUGUUGAUUCGUGGACAGAAAUUCCCCAUGUGUGUCAAGAAAGGCAUGAAAAUCUCCAGUGCAAACAUCAAUGCAGUGUGUCUGUCAAAUUCAAGCAAAACUGAGUGCAAGUGUGAGAAUCAAUACGUUUGGCCCUCUGAACAAUGCUUUAAACAUGGCGUUUGCGGCCACAGUCAAAAUGGUACGUGUGGAUGCAUCACUUCUCUUCCAACUGAAGGAGCGUUCUGCCGGCCACCACCUGCUCCACUAAAGUCCUUCAAAUACACCAUUGACAUUAAAAUCAAUGCUUCAAAUGAAGCCGUGAUAGAGCGCUUGAGGGCGUUGAUUCGUGGACAGAAAUUCCCCAUGUGUGUCAAGAAAGGCAUGAAAAUCUCCAGUGCAAACAUCAAUGCAGUGUGUCUCUCAAAUUCAAACAAAACUGAGUGCAAGUGUGAGAGUCAAUACGUUUGGCCCUCUGAACAAUGCUCUAAACAUGGCGUUUGCGGCCACAGUCAAAAUGGUACGUGUGGAUGCAUCACUUCUCUUCCAACUGAAGGAGCGUUCUGCCAACCACCACCUGCUCCACUAAAGUCCUUCAAAUACACCAUUGACAUUAAAAUCAAUGCUUCAAAAGAAGCCGUGAUAGAGCGCUUGAGGGCGUUGAUUCGUGGACAGAAAUUCCCCAUGUGUGUCAAGAAAGGCAUGAAAAUCUCCAGUGCAAACAUCAAUGCAGUGUGUCUCUCAAAUUCAAACAAAACUGAGUGCAAGUGUGAGAAUCAAUACGUUUGGCCCUCUGAACAAUGCUCUAAACAUGGCGUUUGUGGCCACAGUCAAAAUGGUACGUGUGGAUGCAUCACUUCUCUUCCAACUGAAGGAGCGUUCUGCCGGCCACCACCUGCUCCACUAAAGUCCUUCAAAUACACCAUUGACAUUAAAAUCAAUGCUUCAAAAGAAGCCGUGAUAGAGCGCUUGAGGGCGUUGAUUCGUGGACAGAAAUUCCCCAUUUGUGUCAAGAAAGGCAUGAAAAUCUCCAGUGCAAACAUCAAUGCAGUGUGUCUCUCAAAUUCAAGCAAAACUGAGUGCAAGUGUGAGAGUCAAUACGUUUGGCCCUCUGAACAAUGCUUUAAACAUGGCGUUUGCGGCCACAGUCAAAAUGGUACGUGUGGAUGCAUCACUUCUCUUCCAACUGAAGGAGCGUUCUGCCAACCACCACCUGCUCCACUAAAGUCCUUCAAAUACACCAUUGACAUUAAAAUCAAUGCUUCAAAUGAAGCCGUGAUAGAGCGCUUGAGGGCGUUGAUUCGUGGACAGAAAUUCCCCAUGUGUGUCAAGAAAGGCAUGAAAAUCUCCAGUGCAAACAUCAAUGCAGUGUGUCUCUCAAAUUCAAACAAAACUGAGUGCAAGUGUGAGAGUCAAUACGUUUGGCCCUCUGAACAAUGCUCUAAACAUGGCGUUUGCGGCCACAGUCAAAAUGGUACGUGUGGAUGCAUCACUUCUCUUCCAACUGAAGGAGCGUUCUGCCGACCAACACCUGCUCCACUAAAGUCCUUCAAAUACACCAUUGACAUUAAAAUCAAUGCUUCAAAUGAAGCCGUGGUAGAGCGCUUGAGGGCGUUGAUUCGUGGACAGAAAUUCCCCAUUUGUGUCAAGAAAGGCAUGAAAAUCUCCAGUGCAAACAUCAAUGCAGUGUGUCUGUCAAAUUCAAGCAAAACUGAGUGCAAGUGUGAGAAUCAAUACGUUUGGCCCUCUGAACAAUGCUCUAAACAUGGCGUUUGCGGCCACAGUCAAAAUGGUACGUGUGGAUGCAUCACUUCUCUUCCAACUGAAGGAGCGUUCUGCCGGCCACCACCUGCUCCACUAAAGUCCUUCAAAUACACCAUUGACAUUAAAAUCAAUGCUUCAAAAGAAGCCGUGAUAGAGCGCUUGAGGGCGUUGAUUCGUGGACAGAAAUUCCCCAUUUGUGUCAAGAAAGGCAUGAAAAUCUCCAGUGCAAACAUCAAUGCAGUGUGUCUCUCAAAUUCAAGCAAAACUGAGUGCAAGUGUGAGAGUCAAUACGUUUGGCCCUCUGAACAAUGCUUUAAACAUGGCGUUUGCGGCCACAGUCAAAAUGGUACGUGUGGAUGCAUCACUUCUCUUCCAACUGAAGGAGCGUUCUGCCGACCACCACCUGCUCCACUAAAGUCCUUCAAAUACACCAUUGACAUUAAAAUCAAUGCUUCAAAUGAAGCCGUGAUAGAGCGCUUGAGGGCGUUGAUUCGUGGACAGAAAUUCCCCAUGUGUGUCAAGAAAGGCAUGAAAAUCUCCAGUGCAAACAUCACUGCAGUGUGUCUCUCAAAUUCAAACAAAACUGAGUGCAAGUGUGAGAGUCAAUACGUUUGGCCCUCUGAACAAUGCUUUAAACAUGGCGUUUGUGGCCACAGUCAAAAUGGUACGUGUGGAUGCAUCACUUCUCUUCCAACUGAAGGAGCGUUCUGCCGACCAACACCUGCUCCACUAAAGUCCUUCAAAUACACCAUUGACAUUAAAAUCAAUGCUUCAAAUGAAGCCGUGAUAGAGCGCUUGAGGGCGUUGAUUCGUGGACAGAAAUUCCCCAUUUGUGUCAAGAAAGGCAUGAAAAUCUCCAGUGCAAACAUCACUGCAGUGUGUCUGUCAAAUUCAAACAAAACGGAGUGCAAGUGUGAGAAUCAAUACGUUUGGCCCUCUGAACAAUGCUUUAAACAUGGCGUUUGUGGCCACAGUCAAAAUGGUACGUGUGGAUGCAUCACUUCUCUUCCAACUGAAGGAGCGUUCUGCCGACCACCACCUGCUCCACUAAAGUCCUUCAAAUACACCAUUGACAUUAAAAUCAAUGCUUCAAAUGAAGCCGUGAUAGAGCGCUUGAGGGCGUUGAUUCGUGGACAGAAAUUCCCCAUGUGUGUCAAGAAAGGCAUGAAAAUCUCCAGUGCAAACAUCAAUGCAGUGUGUCUGUCAAAUUCAAGCAAAACUGAGUGCAAGUGUGAGAAUCAAUACGUUUGGCCCUCUGAACAAUGCUCUAAACAUGGCGUUUGCGGCCACAGUCAAAAUGGUACGUGUGGAUGCAUCACUUCUCUUCCAACUGAAGGAGCGUUCUGCCGACCACCACCUGCUCCACUAAAGUCCUUCAAAUACACCAUUGACAUUAAAAUUAAUGCUUCAAAAGAAGCUGUGAUAGAGCGCUUGAGGGUGUUGAUUCGUGGACAGAAAUUCCCCAUUUGUGUCAAGAAAGGCAUGAAAAUCUCCAGUGCAAACAUCAAUGCAGUGUGUCUCUCAAAUUCAAGCAAAACUGAGUGCAAGUGUGAGAGUCAAUACGUUUGGCCCUCUGAACAAUGCUUUAAACAUGGCGUUUGCGGCCACAGUCAAAAUGGUACAUGUGGAUGCAUCACUUCUCUUCCAACUGAAGGAGCGUUCUGCCAACCACCACCUGCUCCACUAAAGUCCUUCAAAUACACCAUUGACAUUAAAAUCAAUGCUUCAAAAGAAGCCGUGAUAGAGCGCUUGAGGGCGUUGAUUCGUGGACAGAAAUUCCCCAUGUGUGUCAAGAAAGGCAUGAAAAUCUCCAGUGCAAACAUCACUGCAGUGUGUCUGUCAAAUUCAAACAAAACGGAGUGCAAGUGUGAGAAUCAAUACGUUUGGCCCUCUGAACAAUGCUUUAAACAUGGCGUUUGUGGCCACAGUCAAAAUGGUACGUGUGGAUGCAUCACUUCUCUUCCAACUGAAGGAGCGUUCUGCCGACCAACACCUGCUCCACUAAAGUCCUUCAAAUACACCAUUGACAUUAAAAUCAAUGCUUCAAAUGAAGCCGUGAUAGAGCGCUUGAGGGCGUUGAUUCGUGGACAGAAAUUCCCCAUUUGUGUCAAGAAAGGCAUGAAAAUCUCCAGUGCAAACAUCAAUGCAGUGUGUCUCUCAAAUUCAAACAAAACUGAGUGCAAGUGUGAGAAUCAAUACGUUUGGCCCUCUGAACAAUGCUCUAAACAUGGCGUUUGCGGCCACAGUCAAAAUGGUACGUGUGGAUGCAUCACUUCUCUUCCAACUGAAGGAGCGUUCUGCCGGCCACCACCUGCUCCACUAAAGUCCUUCAAAUACACAAUUGACAUUAAAAUCAAUGCUUCAAAAGAAGCCGUGGUAGAGCGCUUGAGGGCGUUGAUUCAUGGACAGAAAUUCCCCAUGUGUGUCAAGAAAGGCAUGAAAAUCUCCAGUGCAAACAUCACUACAGUGUGUCUCUCAAAUUCAAGCAAAACUGAGUGCAAGUGUGAGAGUCAAUACGUUUGGCCCUCUGAACAAUGCUCUAAACAUGGCGUUUGCGGCCACAGUCAAAAUGGUACGUGUGGAUGCAUCACUUCUCUUCCAACUGAAGGAGCGUUCUGCCGACCACCACCUGCUCCACUAAAGUCCUUCAAAUACACCAUUGACAUUAAAAUCAAUGCUUCAAAAGAAGCCGUGAUAGAGCGCUUGAGGGCGUUGAUUCGUGGACAGAAAUUCCCCAUUUGUGUCAAGAAAGGCAUGAAAAUCUCCAGUGCAAACAUCAAUGCAGUGUGUCUCUCAAAUUCAAGCAAAACUGAGUGCAAGUGUGAGAGUCAAUACGUUUGGCCCUCUGAACAAUGCUUUAAACAUGGCGUUUGCGGCCACAGUCAAAAUGGUACGUGUGGAUGCAUCACUUCUCUUCCAACUGAAGGAGCGUUCUGCCGACCACCACCUGCUCCACUAAAGUCCUUCAAAUACACCAUUGACAUUAAAAUCAAUGCUUCAAAAGAAGCCGUGAUAGAGCGCUUGAGGGCGUUGAUUCGUGGACAGAAAUUCCCCAUGUGUGUCAAGAAAGGCAUGAAAAUCUCCAGUGCAAACAUCAAUGCAGUGUGUCUCUCAAAUUCAAGCAAAACUGAGUGCAAGUGUGAGAAUCAAUACGUUUGGCCCUCUGAACAAUGCUCUAAACAUGGCGUUUGUGGCCACAGUCAAAAUGGUACGUGUGGAUGCAUCACUUCUCUUCCAACUGAAGGAGCGUUCUGCCGACCACCACCUGCUCCACUAAAGUCCUUCAAAUACACCAUUGACAUUAAAAUCAAUGCUUCAAAUGAAGCCGUGAUAGAGCGCUUGAGGGCGUUGAUUCUUGGACAGAAAUUCCCCAUGUGUGUCAAGAAAGGCAUGAAAAUCUCCAGUGCAAACAUCAAUGCAGUGUGUCUCUCAAAUUCAAGCAAAACUGAGUGCAAGUGUGAGAGUCAAUACGUUUGGCCCUCUGAACAAUGCUUUAAACAUGGCGUUUGUGGCCACAGUCAAAAUGGUACGUGUGGAUGCAUCACUUCUCUUCCAACUGAAGGAGCGUUCUGCCGACCAACACCUGGCUGUCCUUCCAUACCUUCAACCAAAAUCCCAAACACAAGUGUAUCUUCAACAUCUACACCAUCAGUGCCAACAACAAACAAUACAGAUGUUACAAGCCGACCAACCCUAAUCACAAACACAGCUGACAGUACAACAAUAACAAGCAAUAUUAGUACAACAAUGAUAGCUGACAGUACAAACAAUAACACAUCUACUCCAACAGUAGAAACAACAAAGUUUACUAUCCCUUCAGCUCCAAACACAACUGAGAGCACAACAGCCGUGACAAUUGCUCAGAUGUCUACCUCAACAAUGACAAGUGCUCUGAUGUCUACCUCAACAACAGUAACAAGUCAAGCUACCACAACAAAAACCAACAACAACAAAAGCAACAACAACUCUACCAACAACAAAACCAAUAACAUCAAAGCCACGAGCAACACCGGUAACAAUACCAGCAGCAACAACAACAACAACACCACUGUUUGUAAAACGUCAGUUAUCACUGUCAAUAGACGAGAUUUUUGAUCUAAGCCUGAAUAAUCAGAACAGUGGCAAAUUCAAGGAAUACAAAUCAAAUAUUGAGAAAGCAAUCAAUAACAGCUUCAAGAAAGUAAAAGGUUUCAUUUCUUCUACUGUCACUGGUUUUAGGCCUGGGAGUGUGAUCGUAGACUUCUUUAUUACAUCAGUUGAGGUGAUACCGAUUACUGAGGAGAUAAACCAAGCAAUUUUCACCAACAUGAAAGACGUCAACAAUUUCAAAGUUGAUCCAACUUCAAUCGCUGAAACUGGUAA